AUGAAUUCCUCCGACCAGAACAACCCACAAGAAAACAACCCUUCCCAGAGAAAAGGAAAAGGCCGCCAAAAGGUGGAUAUGGUGAAAAUCGAGAAUGAGACUAAUCUUCAAGUCACAUUUUCCAAGCGUCGCUCUGGGCUAUUUAAAAAGGCUAGUGAACUCAGCACUCUUUGCGGUGCUGAAAGUGCCAUCGUUGUGUUCUCUCCAGGGGAGAAGGCACAUUCUUUUGGCAACCCCGACGUGGAAACAAUUGCCAAUAGGUUUCUAAACCAAAAUCCCCAUUCGAGAAGUGAUGCUGACCAUUUACUUGUGGCGCAUAGUCGUGCAAAUAUGCGUCUGUCCAACGAAGAGCUGACCAACGUCGAGGGCCAACUCGAGCUAGAGAGAAAGCGUAAACAAGAACAUAAGGACAUGAGGAAGGCUGAUGAAAACCAAAACUGGUGCCCACCUCGCAUUGAUGAGCUCGACUACCAACAGCUGGAGGAACUGAGGAGGUCUUUGAUGAGUUUCAAGCAAAAUUUUGAAAACAAAGUCCAAAAUGCUACUAGUUUGGCAAAUUCAUACGUUCCUGAUGCAGGGACUGCCGGGAGUUUCCCGUGGACAACCCAGAGUGAUCCUAGUACUGGUUUCCCAUUCAAUCCCAGUAUUCAAGGGCCUAAUGAUCAAUUUGCUCUUUAUGGUAAUAGGGAAGACAUGUACACAAGCAAUGCACCAUUGAGAAUCGGUGGAUCCUCAACUACUACUUUAUUUGAUGGGGGGUCCGGUACCUCAAACAUCGCAAUUCCAACAAACCCUAGGGCAAAUUAUUGCCCUAAUGCAUCAACCUUUCCCAAUUUGGUGACUACUACCGCUGGAUUUGCUUCUUCAUUCGAUCCAGCAGUUGGUAACCUUGGAUUUACGGUCCAGUAUCCUCCUCCUCCUCCUCCUUCAACUGGCAGUUCCAAUAUGACAUUCCCAUACAGUUAUGGGAAUUCUAGUGAUAUGGUCCCAUAUGUUCCUGGAACAAGUAACCCCAAUUUGGAGCUUGAGCGUCGUCGUCGGGGAAAAGCAAGCAACAACCAAGACAAGUCUCAAGGAUCCAAAGGCAACCAUGGUCGUCGAUCUUCCUAA